AUGAUUUGGAUGUGGAGUCUAUUCAUUCGGGCGCACAAAAAGGACCUCGAGUUCAGUGAUCUCUACCGGUGCUCAAAAUCAGAUGAGACAAAUCGAGUCCGACAGAAGCUGCAAAUCAAAUGGGAUAAACAAUUGAGAAGUAAAAACAAACCAUCCCUAUAUUGGGCACUAUUCGCAUCGUUUGGACCCGAACUUACUAUACUAUAUAUCCCUUAUGCAAUCAGAGAAUUGGUACUAAACUUGCUUCAGUCGUAUUGUAUAGUUUAUUUGGUGAGAUAUUUCAACAAUGACCCCAACACUAGCCAGUGGUGGGCCACGUGGGCGGCAGUGGGUAUUGUGGUGGCGGCCAUUGGAAACAUGUUAAUCGAAUAUUUGAAUUUAGUCCUGUGCAACAAAGUGGGGGUCAGAAUUCGUGCCGCCUGUUGUGCCCUAAUCUACCACAAUUUAAUGCAUUUAAGUCAUACAUCACUCGGAAAGACAACUGGUAGCCACAUAUUGAACAUUAUGUCCAACGAUAUCAACAGAUUUGAUGAGUUUGCAUUGCAUUCGCGAUCAUUGUUUGUGGCGCCACUGCAGGCGGCAAUUGUGAUAUACCUGUUGUGGUCACACUUGCGGUGGGCGUGUCUGACGGGAAUGGGAAUACUUGUGCUGUUUAUACCAUUUCAAGUACUAAUGGGACGUAUGUUUCGUAGAGUACGUCAAAAGACGGCUAAAUUAACCGACAGUCGAAUCCGUUUAAUGCAAGAGAUUAUCGCCGGAAUGCGUGUCAUAAAGAUGUACGCCUGGGAACAGCCCUUCGCACAGUUGGUCGCAACCGCUCGCAAGUCCGAAAUGAAACAAAUUCGGUAUUCAAAUUUUUUGAAAGGUGUUAACCAUGCAAUAUAUUAUAGUAUAAUACGAGUUAUAAUAUACGCCUGUUUUCUAACAUAUAUAUUUAUGGGCGAAAAGUUGUCGGCGGAGACAACGUUCGCCACUAUUGCCUACUUUAAUGCCAUGCGUUGGUCUAUGGCUAAGAACGCACCCCUGGCUAUAACGGCAUUAAGCGAGCUAAUUAUAGUCAUCAAACGUAUUCAGAAUUUUCUAUUACUCGAAGAGAUGAGUGGUUUGGAUGAGAGGGAAGGGAAAGACAACGAGGCGUUCAUUUCGGGGGAAAAUGAGAUAAUUCUCGGAGUAAUGGAAAACACUUUAAAUAAUAAAGAAAACGGCGUUUUUAUGGACAAAAUGAGCGUUCGUUGGAAUAGUGAGACGACUGAACCCACGCUUCGGGACAUUAGUCUGAGUGUAAAACCCGGCGAACUGUUGGCUGUCGUCGGUUCGGUUGGCAGUGGAAAGAGCUCACUAUUGAUGUCAAUAUUAAAUGAGAUAUCGCUAGUGUCGGGUCGAGUGGUAGUGAGGGGUCGGGUGUCGUACGCGCCGCAGGAGUCGUGGGCUUUCAUAGCGAGUGUUCGACAGAAUAUUCUGUUUGGCUCUCAAUAUAAUGAAGAGAAAUACAAUCGAGUGGUGAAGGCGUGCGCUUUGGACACAGAUUUCAAACUCAUGCCAUUUGGGGACAAAACACUUGUGGGGGAGAGAGGGCUGGCAUUGAGUGGCGGACAGAAGGCUAGGCUGAAUCUGGCCCGGGCUCUGUACCACUCAGCAGACAUCUACCUCUUGGACGACCCCCUGAGCGCCGUCGACACACAUGUAGCCAAACAUAUCUACCAAAAAUGUUGUGUUGAGUACCUGAAAGACAAGGCGACUAUUUUAGUGACCCAUCAAAUCCAGUUUCUCAAAGACGCGCAGCAAAUACUUGUGCUCAACGACGGCGAGUGUGUGGCCAUCGGGUCCUACACUCAGCUCAAAGAGCGCGGCAUUGAUCUCAUGGCAUAUCACAGACAAACCGAUGGACCAAAUGAUAGCAGAUCUGUGAAGAGGAGGUCAUCUGUCACGCCAUCGAUAGUCUCAAUCAUUACUGAGGGAUCGGAUGUGACGGACGUUUGGGAACCGAUAGAAGUGGGCGAACAAGAAGUGAAGGCCGAACUCAAAAUGAUUGGAUCCGUUGAGACCACUGUUUAUAUGGAUUACAUUAAGGCCGGCGCCGGACCUCUGCUCGUAGUUCUUACUAUUUUGUUUAUAAUCAAUUCGCAAGUCAUUUAUCAGGGAAGUGAUUAUUGGUUGCGUUUAUGGUCAGUACUAUUAGUGACUAAUGAAAUGAGCAAAAACCCAGAUGAAGUUGACCAGACAUUCAACAUAAUAAUCUACACGAGUCUAAUCAUUGGUCUGUUUGUGUCGGCCCUGUUGUCCACCAUUUGUUUCUACAUAAUGUGUAUGAGAUCUUCUGUUAAUCUCUAUAACCGAAUAUUCUGUGCGUUAUUGCGAUCACCGAUACAUCUGUUUGAGAGUUCGCCCAUCGGUAACAGGCGAAUACUAAACAGAUUUUCAAAAGACACGGGAAUUGCCGACGAAUUGUUACCAUCGGUUGCCUUUGAAUUUAUCAUUGAUUUAAGUUUUAUUAUCGGAAGUCUUGUAUUGAAUGCAAUCGUCAGUUGGUUUUUGAUAUUUCCGGCAAUACUUUUGUUGAUAUUAGUGUUUAUUUGUCGCUAUUUUUAUAUCAGAGCCGCGAGAGAUAUAAAGCCCCGGAGUCCGGUGUACUCUCACGUGAACACAACGCUGUGUGGGCUGACAUCGAUCCGUGCGUUUGGCGCACAGCAUAUGUUUGAGCGUCAGUUUGAAGUCCACCAAAACGACAACACCUCUACAUAUUUCCUAUUCGUUUGCACUUCCAGAGCACUCGGAGUCCUAACCGAUACCAUUUGUAUCGUAUAUCUGAGUGCUGUUAUCGUCUACAUUAUGACCAGUAGUGACGGUAUUCCCGUAGGAAAUAUAGGACUUUUGUUAACAUCGGCAAUAACGUUGACCUCUUUGAGCCAAAGUUGUGUCCGAUUAUCGGCUGAUACCGAGUCCUAUAUGACUGCUGUCGAGCGAGUGCUCGAAUACACAGCCAUUAAACCCGAGGCAGAACUCGAGUCCACUCCCGACCGGAUACCGCCCAAAGAUUGGCCACAAAUGGGAGAAAUAGUGUUCAAAGAUAUGAGUCUUCAAUACAACGAAUCGCCGCAUAAA